GAAAGAUAAAAACAAAGGAUAUAUUCAAUCGAUCAGACAUUUAAAUCAUGCUACCAAUUUUAAUUAUCAUGUCAUUACAAGGUCUGGUCAGAUCUAACAUCACUACAGUUAAUGAAUAUUCCAUAUCAUGUCGGACGGAAAGGCGGAUGUAUCUCUUGUACACACAAUUCCUGAUGGACACUUGUGCUCGAUGUUAUAAAUACAUGCCAUCCGUAGCAUUCAAGAACAAAUUCAGAUAUUCAACCUGGCUUGGUCUUCUUCGUGAUCCUUCCACGAAUCAGACAUUUGAAGCAGAUCAUCGCAAUGUGUCAAAGGCGAUAGAAAAUUCCUUUUCGGAGGAGCAGUACUUCUACAACUGGAAGGAAUGCUGCAUUGCCGCGGAAGAGUGCUGCGAAAGAAUGACUCGUGAGCCUGUAGACCAAAUCGAGGGUCCAUACUGCCCAAGAACUUGGGAUGGAUGGCAGUGUUGGGAUGACACACCUGCUGGAACUACAGCUCAACAGCCUUGCCAAGCUCAUAUCUAUUUUCAGACAACACCUCCAUCUUGUACAAAAUACGCAUACAAAACUUGUUGGGAGAAUGGAACUUGGCUGCUCAAUGAAAAUAACAGGGAAUGGACAAACUACUCUAAAUGUGGAAGAGUGGAUGAACAUCGGCGGUUCUUAUACUUUCACAUAGCAACAUAUGCUGUUUCCGUUGUUUCCAUGAUUCCAGCCCUGAUCAUAUUUUCAGUAUACAAGCAAUUACAGGUACAACGAAUAACAAUGCACAAGAACCUAUUUCUGUCGCUUUUUCUGAAUGGGGUUGUUGUCCUGCUCUUCAAAUCUUUGGUCGUGCUAGAUGAGUUUAAUAGAUCACCUACGUACCAAACUACCAUGCAAAAGAACGGAGCAACCUGUAGAGCUUUGUUCGUCCUGACAAAAUACUUUCGCAUGACUAACUACAUGUGGAUGUUUUGCGAAGGAUUUUACCUCCAUAAGCUUAUUGCUGCAGCUUUUGCAGAGCAAAAGAAUCUACUGAUGUUUUAUAUCAUAGGAUGGGUGGUUCCAUUGCUUCCAGUGGGAAUCUAUACUGUAAUACGGAAGACUAUGUUUGAUGAAAAGUGCUGGGCUCUACCAGCAGAGGAGUAUGAAUGGAUAAUGAAUGCUCCAAACAUGCUGAGUCUCCUGAUCAAUUUGUUCUUUCUGUGUAAUAUAAUUCGAGUUCUGGUAACGAAAUUACGAGCAACUCAUUCUAAUGAACCAAGUCAAUACAGGAAAGCUGUUCGCGCUACUCUGGUUUUAGUUCCUUUAUUUGGUCUUCAUUUUGGUCUCAUCAUAUACAGGCCUCAAUCGGGCAAAUGUGGGUUUCUAGAAGCCUACACUUAUUUUAGCCACGCUCUCGAUGGAUUGCAGGGAUUCUUUGUUUCACUGAUAUUUUGCUACAUGAAUGGAGAAGUCUUAUACCUCACGAAACGAACUUAUCAGAGGUAUCGACUCAGUCGCCAUCUUGGAAGUCGAACCCAAAACAGCAUUAUGAUGAACCCUGUAUCAAUGACGCAGAUGUCGACGAUGGUCGAAAGUCAGUCAAGCUUCCAAAGAGGUCUUCACUACAGGACAAAAGGUGGCGACAACAAAAGAGACGGCUAUAACUCAGUGGCUGAAGGCAGCACAUUCAGCACUGUUGAAGAUGACGUGGCAGAGGUGUAACGAUCACUCACAGACUAAUCAGAGAAUCAGAAAGAGAUGACGAAGAUCCAUUAUAACAUUUCACAGUGUAGAAGUUUUCCACUGAUCACUUAAAACUAAUAAAGUAGUUUGAUGCUUGUUUCACAACGCUCGCAAUAGCCGCAAAUCGUUGAUGUCACCUUUUAUACCCCUAGAACUACAAACCGGG